AGCGGACGGGAACUACAAUUCCCAGAGGACUAUGCGGCCAAGCGCUUCGGGGUGCCUUCUGGGGCCCUCCGCUAGCUUCUGCGCCUUGGAGGCUCACCCAGCUGGGUGUAGUGUACUGGGUUGGCAGGAGGGGCGGCCCGGGUGCGGGUCGCGCCUCCCGGAGCCGCCCCCGGGACGUCAGUCCUGGAGGAGGCGAGGGUUGCUUCAGUUGGCGAGAAGACUAUGAACAGGUCAGAGAACUUGCUCUUUACUGGCUUCUCACUAGCAUCUCAAGUUCAUGCUGCUGCCGUUAACGGAGAUAAGGGUGCUCUGCAGAGGCUCAUCGUAGGAAACUCUGCCCUUAAAGACAAAGAAGAUCAAUUUGGGAGAACACCCCUUAUGUAUUGUGUGUUGGCCGACAGACUGGACUGUGCAGAUGCUCUCCUGAAGGCAGGAGCUGAUGUUAAUAAAACUGACCAUAGCCAGAGAACAGCUCUCCAUCUUGCAGCUCAAAAGGGAAAUUAUCGCUUCAUGAAACUCUUACUUACACGCAGAGCAAACUGGAUGCAGAAGGAUCUAGAAGAGAUGACCCCUUUGCACUUGACCACCAGGCAUAGGAGCCCUAAGUGCUUGGCACUUCUACUGAAGUUUAUGGCACCAGGAGAAGUGGACACACAGGAUAAAAACAAGCAAACAGCUCUGCACUGGAGCGCCUACUAUAACAACCCUGAGCACGUGAAGCUGCUUAUCAAGCACGAUUCCAACAUUGGGAUUCCUGACGUGGAAGGCAAGAUCCCACUUCACUGGGCAGCCAACCACAAAGAUCCAAGUGCCGUUCAUACAGUGAGAUGCAUCCUGGAUGCUGCUCCGACAGAGUCUUUACUGAACUGGCAAGACUACGAGGGGCGGACCCCUCUCCACUUUGCAGUUGCUGAUGGGAAUGUGACAGUGGUUGACGUCUUGACCUCGUAUGAAAGCUGCAAUAUUACAUCUUAUGAUAACUUGUUUCGAACCCCUCUUCACUGGGCCGCUUUACUCGGCCAUGCACAGAUUGUCCAUCUCCUUUUAGAAAGAAAUAAGUCUGGAACUAUCCCGUCUGACAGCCAAGGGGCAACACCCUUGCACUAUGCAGCUCAGAGUAACUUCGCUGAAACAGUUAAAGUAUUUUUAAAACAUCCUUCAGUGAAAGAUGAUCCAGACCUUGAAGGAAGAACAUCCUUUAUGUGGGCAGCUGGGAAAGGCAGUGAUGAUGUCCUUCGGACUAUGCUGAGUUUAAAAUCUGACAUUGAUAUUAACAUGGCAGACAAAUAUGGAGGUACAGCCUUACAUGCUGCUGCCCUUUCUGGCCACGUGAGCACAGUGAAGUUACUGUUGGAAAAUAAGGCCCAAGUAGACGCUACUGAUGUCAUGAAACAUACUCCACUUUUCCGAGCCUGUGAGAUGGGACACAAAGAUGUGAUUCAGACACUCAUUAAAGGUGGGGCAAGGGUAGAUCUAGUUGACCAAGAUGGACAUUCUCUUCUGCAUUGGGCAGCACUGGGAGGAAAUGCUGAUGUUUGUCAGAUAUUGAUAGAAAAUAAGAUCAACCCGAACGUGCAAGAUUACGCGGGAAGAACCCCUUUGCAAUGUGCUGCGUAUGGAGGAUACAUCAACUGCAUGGCCGUGCUCAUGGAGAACAACGCGGAUCCUAACAUUCAAGACAAGGAGGGAAGAACAGCUUUGCACUGGUCCUGUAACAAUGGAUACCUUGAUGCCAUUAAAUUACUACUAGACUUUGCUGCUUUCCCUAAUCAGAUGGAAAACAAUGAGGAGAGAUACACACCCCUUGAUUAUGCUCUGCUUGGUGAGCGCCAUGAAGUGAUCCAGUUCAUGUUGGAGCACGGCGCCCUGUCCAUCGCGGCCAUACAAGACAUUGCUGCCUUCAAAAUCCAAGCUGUCUACAAAGGGUACAAGGUCAGAAAAGCUUUCAGAGACCGGAAAAAUCUCCUCAUGAAGCAUGAACAGCUGAGAAAAGAUGCGGCUGCCAAAAAGCGGGAGGAAGAAAACAAGCGAAAGGAGGCAGAACAGCAGAAAGGAAGGUGGAGCCCAGAAGCCUGCAGAGCCCCAGCCCUUCCCAGGCUGCCCAGCACCCAGGAUGAGCCCCGCAGGCAGAGCUGGACCCCCAUCAAGCAGCCUCCUGCUGACAACACUGCCCCCAGCCCUGGGCCGGAAGACUGCCGAGGGUCUCCAGGAGGGUCUCUAGGCAGGGAUCCCCAAAAGGAGCAGGGUGUUGCCUCAGACUCGCAGGGAACAAGGUCCAGAAAGCCAAAUGAAAUAUCCAGAGAACUUUCUAAAGGCCGCUCUGCCUGUGUUCACUUCAGACCCAAUGAAGGCAGUGAUGAAAACAGGCGUCCAGGAGUCUCCUCUGUUGAGAAGUCCAGAGGUGAGACAGCUGGCACUCAGCAGUGUGAAAAGGGAAAAGGCCUCUUGAAGCAGCCCCCCUGCAUUAGGGUGGCCAGGCCUGAUGACAAAGGAGAGGACCCCCAUCGGGCAGCUGCAAGUCUGCCACACCAGGAUGGGCACCGGAAGCCCAGCAGGUGGCAGGGCACGGCACCCACGGCCAAAUGUGCCCCUCAGAAAAGGCGCAUUCAAGAGCUCAAAGGAGGAAGGUGCUCCCCAGCUGGUUCUAGCCGGCCUGGCAGUGCCAGGGGGGAGGUGGUCCAUGCUGGGCAGAAUUCUCUCCAGCAUCGCACACCAAGAAACAAAGUGACACAGACCAAGCUCGCAGGAGGGGUCUAUUCAGAUUUGCCACAGAGCACAGAGGAGUUGAGGUCAGGAGCCAGGACAAUGGGGACAUCUGUCCUGUCCGAGGACAUUCAGGUAUCUAAGGAGACUGAUCCAGCACCUGUUCCCCUCUCUGGGCAGAGUGUGAAUAUUGACCUUCUCCCCGUAGAGCUCCGACUGCAGAUAAUCCAGAGAGAAAGAAGUCGGAAAGAGCUGUUUCGCAAAAAGAACAAGGCGGCAGCAGUCAUCCAGCGUGCUUGGCGAAGCUACCAGCUCAGGAAGCAUCUGUCCUAUCUCCUGCAUAUGAAGCAGCUUGGAGCUGGCAACGUGGACAGGUGGAACCGAGAAUGUACGGCAUUGCUCCUCCAGGUGUGGAGGAAGGAACUGGACCCAAAGCUCCCGAAGGCCCCUGCAGUGAGCAAGGCCCCCAGGAGUCCAUCCAAGAGCAGCGCAAACACAAAGGCCACCAAGCACUCAGUGCUCAAGCAAAUCUACGGUUGUUCUCAGGAAGGGAAAGUACACCAUCCCCCGAGAUCUUCGAAAACCACUUCUGUGCUGUGUCUCAAUUCAGUGAGCAAUUUGCAGUGCAUACAUCUCCUUGAGAACAGUAGAAGAUCAAAGAACUUUUCUUAUAAUCUGCAAUCAGCUACUCAAUCAAAAAACAAAACAAAGCUUCGACUGCCUGUGGAGGAAGACUGUGUUCGAGGAAGCUGGAAUCGGUAGUGCAGAGUUCUGAUUCUCUUGUUUAUUACCUUUUACAUCUUGGGAAGACUUACGGGGAAACACAAAGAAAAUGUCACAGUAUUUUCUUUCUGCUCUUGCACGGUACUGUUUGUAAGCCAUCACAGCCUGCACUGAAAGGACCAGAGACCAGGCCUCUGCAAACCGCCUGGCUGGCUGCCUUCACCUCAGUUCGUACAGCUAUAAAUGAGAAUGAGUAAUUAGCAGUAAAGUCUAAGGAAAACUAAGAACAUAAGCACUAAAAGGGUUGCUAGAUUGGGGUUUCUGCCAGCUAGCUGGUACAGGCCUGGUUUCUCGGCUAAAGGGAUGAACCUAAAUGAGAUGGGAUCCUGUCCCACAGCAGCCUUAUCUCACUACUUCCCUGGUAUCUAAUCCAACAGGCAUGCUCACUGUGCCUUCAGCAUUAUUAGUAUUAAAUUUUGGAUCAGAAUCA